AUGGAUUCAGAGGAGGACUUCAUGUCACAAAUGUCAAGCGAUGACGAGAAUAUGAACUAUGACAGCGGAGACGCACUUUCAGAUGCUGACGACUUUGACGAUGAUUAUGAUCAACCGGACCCAGACUUUGACCUAACAAGCAAAGAUCUCGAAAAGACCAAGAAGCAGGCACACAUCGUCCCAUUCAACGUUUACGACCCUGCCGACAUUCAGAAGCAGCAGGAUGGAAUGAUCAACGAGGUUAAUAUGAUUCUUGACAUGACCAAGGAAGAUGCCGCCAUCAUGCUCCGUUACUUCAAAUGGAACAAAGAAAGACUACUCGAGGAUUACAUGGAUCGCCCAGAGCAAGUCCUAGAGGCCGCUGGCUUGAACACGGCGACCGCAAAGCCCCCCAAGCUUGAGACCAUUCCUGGGUUCAUGUGUGACAUUUGCUGCGAAGAAGACGAUGAGCUAGAAUCCUUUGCUCUUAAGUGUGGCCACCGAUACUGUGUCGACUGCUACCGUCAGUACCUCAAGCAAAAGAUCAAGGACGAAGGAGAGGCGGCUCGAAUCCAGUGUCCUUCGGACGGUUGCGGCCGUAUCCUUGACUCGAAAUCUCUCGACAUCCUUGUGACGUCUGAUCUCGUCGAGCGUUACAAUGAACUGCUUCAUAGAAGCUAUGUCGAGAACAAAGACGACUACAAGUGGUGCCCUGCCCCCGACUGUCCAAACGCUGUGGAGUGUGGGGUUAAGAAGAACCAACUGAGCCAGAUCGUUCCCACAGUCGAAUGCCACUGCGGGAAUCGCUUCUGCUUUGGCUGUCCCAACCCUGACCACCAGCCAGCUCCUUGCGAGCUCGUUAAGAAAUGGCUGAAGAAGUGUGCGGAUGACAGCGAGACUGCCAAUUGGAUCUCAGCAAACACGAAAGAAUGCCCGAAAUGUCAGUCUACAAUUGAGAAAAACGGCGGUUGUAACCACAUGACGUGCAGGAAAUGCAAGUACGAAUUUUGCUGGAUGUGUAUGGGGCUGUGGUCAGAGCACGGCACGAGCUGGUACAACUGCAACAGAUUCGAGGAAAGGAGUGGCUCGGAUGCUAGAGACGCUCAAGCGAAAUCCCGCGUUUCCUUGGAACGAUAUUUGCACUACUACAACCGGUAUGCCAACCACGAGCAGUCAGCUAGACUGGACAAGGACAUCGCGUUGAAGACAGAAAAGAAGAUGGUCCAGUUGCAGAGUGCCUCUGGCAUGUCAUGGAUCGAGGUUCAAUAUCUGAACUCUGCCUCGCAGUCUCUCCAGACUUGCCGCCAAACGCUUAAGUGGACUUACGCCUUCGCCUUUUAUCUACAGCGAAACAACCUCACAGAGAUCUUUGAGGACAACCAGAAGGAUCUUGAAAUGGCAGUGGAAAAUUUGUCCGAGAUGUUCGAGAAGCCAAUUGUGGAGUUGUCCGACCAAAAGCUCAAGGUGGACAUUAUGGACAAAACAUCCUACUGCAACAAGCGUCGGGUCAUCUUGCUUGAGGACACAGCCAACAACCUUGCACAGGGUGCGUUUCCUCUAAUCAACAAAUACGUAUUAUAA